AUGUCUUUCGGUAGACAUGCCUAUAGGCAUGCUAUCAAACCGCCUGCAACUCCGACACACGACCACCUGUGGAUCGGCGACGACCUUUUAGCAGCUACGUUCCGUCGCUUUGCCAACGGCCAGCGGCGCCAUGGUAGCUGUGUUCCUGGGCCCUUGGAAGCACGGCGACGCCUCGCAAAGCGAAGAAAUACCGCACUGGCUAGCAUUGGAGGAGGGCCUUUGGAGGACAUCUCGUGUCUAUUCGGCCGCAAUGGGAGGGAGCACAUGAAAUGGACUGAUAAUCCAUGGCACGGUGUGCCAUUUGAAAGCCAGGGCUUUAUCGACCCUACACCAGCCUAUUCCGAGGCCCCCCACACCUUCGAACCCCGAGAAACCCAGCCAGGACAAAGUGAAUUCUUCGAUCCCUCUUCGGACCCCACUCGGUCUGAUCUACAAAUACCAGAGCAAAUGUUGGAGGACUUUCUGAGCAGCUCGAGUUGGGGCAUUGAAGAUGCUAGGGAGUUCGCGCGCCACAUGAGGAUUGACCUCCACCGGGAUCCUCGAUACAGCCGACAAAUAUUUGACCGAUUGCUCGCUCGCUCAGAUCAACAUAUGGAUGAAGCUAUUGCCUUCUUGGACGACCCAUUUAUGAACACUCGCGGCUCGGGAAACUACAUCGCAGCCAUUGAAGUUUUUGUUCGAACAAAAGCGAAACGCGCUAGACGGACCGCUGUUCUAGAUUCGAUAAAACGUGGUUUAGAGUUGGGGCUGAUUCCAACCGAGGACAUCUGUUUGAUCAUCAAGACUUUGCCUAAUGUCCUUGUUGAGAACAAGAAGACCUUGGGGUCGUGGGAUCACUACGCCCUGCUGAAACACUACCGGGCAAUGUGGAGAGCCAUUGGCCGUUGCAACAUUUUGGGGUAUCAAGAUCUGGAUAAAAAGAUUGUGGAUGCUUGGCUUGGAGAGCUUUUGAAUAUCCGCAGCUUUCGUUUUGCGGAGGAAAUCAUCAUCGAAACACACGACGCAACUGUUCGCAGCCAGUGGCCAUCUGUCUUGGUCCAAACUUGGCUGCAAGCCAAGGAGGCAGAUUUGGAGACAAGCGCACCGUUUCCAAACAAAAUAUUCAAUCAACUUGAUGUAGACUCUGCCGCGGACUGUGUUAUCCGGGUGACAGAGUCAAUAUCUUCUUCAGGUGACAGAGAGUCCAGAAACCACCUGCUUCACCGAUGGCGAGACUGUCUCGCAAAUGCUGAAAUCAUUUCGACCGUCGCGGACUCGAGGGUCUGGUGUGAUUUUCCCCUUCCGCGCGUUGGAGCCCAGGAACAUGCCGCAGAGAAGCAUUCCACCCAAGGCCAAAUCGUCCUGCGAUUAUGGCUCUUACGUACCCUUUGUCGGACUACUGGAUACAUGUAUAACCAGAGCUCGAAGCCGACAGACUGGCCAAUUUACGUGCUGCUCAAUCUCUACAACCUGGUGGUCAAGAGCACCGACGGCCAUCUAUUCCCUGAGCUCUUGUGCGAUAUCCGUGAUCUCGACCUUCCCUACAACAGGCUUCUCAUUUUAGCCCUCGACAGAAUGGGGAGGAAUUCCAUCUCAAAAACCGUUCGUCAAACACUCGAGCAGCUCGAGACAUCCAAGCUGUCCCUCACAGAUGUGUGGAAGACCCCAUCUACACAUAAGGGAAUCCGAAACCUUUUCCAUGCUUCAUUUGAUCAGAUGUUUAACCGCAUGGAUCUCACCAGCCCAGAAACAGCCGAGGAGCUGUUGCAAAUUGUGCGAUCAGGAGACCCGAGCAAUACCAGAUCCAUCCUCAGACUGCUAAAUAACAACACACCAUUCAAAAUCAGUCUCAACAAAGCAUACCAAGAGAUCCCUGACCCCGAUGAGAUGAUCCUCAUGCGAUACCACCCUGGCCCACGCACAAACCGAUGCCCCGAUCCCCAUGCUGCCAUCAGUCUCAUCAACAGGCUGGCUGUGGCAAUCUCCUGCUGCAGAAGCUUGAGCCCAUCUCAGUCCUUCCACAUGGUUCACUGGCUAUAUGGGUAUCUGCGCAGACACGGCGGGCCUGUCGAUCCUGAAUUUGUCCGCGCUAUGUACCAUGCCGGUGUUGUACGCAGACGCCAUGAAGGUCUCCGCAUACCAGCGACUCAGUACGAGUACAUUCUUUGGAUCGUGGGCAAAUUUGAGGGGCGUGAAGUUGUUAAACAGCUCACUGCCCCAUAUCAGAUUGGCGAAUCGAGCAUUGGCGGACUGAAAGCUUGCGAUUCGGCCAAGGAAGUUUAG